CUUGCAACCUAUAUAACACCGCGCACUGGCGCCUGUCGGCUUGUUUGGUUCCGUCCUCUCGGGAGGCACCAUGUUGCUACUCCUGCUGCUGCCUACCGUCGCCGGGUAUGGUUUGAGCAUCACCGAUGAGCAGUACUACAAGUUGCCGCCACUGUUCUCUCUGGACGACUACCAGCCGUGUCUGGCGAGCGCCGGCGGGCAGUACUGCCUCGGCUCCUUCCAUCUCACUGCAGAGGGAGACAACCAGGUGUAUGAUGUACUGCUGGAGCUCACAAAUGACCUCAAGAACUUCAACCACACUCUCCUCCACCGUGGCUACUGCCUCACCACCCGCUGCCUCGACAUCGAGGGCUCCCUACCCCAACGCUUCACUGCCUGUGUGGACCGCACGCUCAGCCAGGAGUAUGGACUACGAGCCACGCUCGACCGCCUGGAUUACUGCAAGACUGGGGAUAAACCGCGGACCAGGCCGAUAGAUAAUGUGGACUGGAUAUUUGCAGCUGUUGCCAUUGUCGUUCUGGUUUUGAAUGGGAUUGGAACGCUGUAUGAUACGUUUAGGAAUCAGGAUGAGAAACCCAACAGAUUCCUUAUAAUCUGGUCGUUUUAUUCAAACUGGAAUCGGCUGACUGCAAACUACGAGGAUGGCGACGAUCGGCUUUCGAACCUCAACCCCAUACAGGGAGUCAAGGCGCUGACUUUGCUUUUGGUUAUGAUGGCUCACACAACUUUCUCGUACUACACUGGCUAUACUUACAAUCCUGUAUUCUUAGAAACGCAUGGACGCAAUCCACUGAGUUAUUUCUUCUACAAUGGUUCCGUGAUCGUCCAGACAUUUGUCAUUGUGUCCAGUUUCCUGUUAUCCUACAACCUCCUGCUGCAUGUGGACAAAAACCCCAAGAAAGUUCUUGGACUUUCCAUGCUGCCUCGAAGCUUGAUGCAUCGAUUGUCAAGAAUAGUCCCAUUAUACCUGUUCGUCCUAGGCCUGGCCUCCACCUGGUGGUCGCACGCCAACGACGGCGCGCUCUGGACGCCGCUGGUGGAGGCCGAGGUGGCUCGCUGCAGACACAAGUUCUGGACCCAGGCUCUGUUUAUCAACAACCUGUAUGAACCGAACACGUUGUGCCUUAUUCAGACGUGGUUUUUAGCUGUAGAUAUGCAGUUGUACGUAGUAGCAGCGGUUCUAACGCUUCUCCUUGGGAGAUGGCCGCAAUUGGCUCUCAAGUUAUUCGGCACCAUGUUCUUAGCUUCUGUUGCGGGAAUAUUUGCCAUUUCUUACAAGUGGAGUCUCUUCUCUAUCCUGUAUUCGAUGACUCCUGAAGUAAUCAGGAUGCAGCUGACAAACCAGGAUUCCUUCAACUACCUCUACACGGCGCCCUGGGGCAGUCUGCCAGCCUCUCUGAUGGGUCUGUUCCUAGCGUUCCUACACUAUGACCUGGAGAAACGAGGGUUCAAAGCGAAUGAACAUAGGGUGAGUUAUAACUACUGGCUUGUAAUGGCUUACCGGUUGUCAGUGCCCUCCAUGUUCUUAUGGGUGUUCGCUGGGUCACUGUUCCAGCAGUUCACGUCUCCUGUUGCCAAAGCCAUUUUCACAGCCCUGGACAGACCAGUCUUUGUGGUAUUGGUCUCUACGGCGCUGUUCGGAUUCUGUAACAAGAUUGAUGAACUGUGGUGGAAGUUCCUCUCCUGGCGAGGGUUCAUGAUCCUGGGCCGCAUGUCGCUGUCGGUGCUGCUGUUCCACUGGAGCUACAACCUGUCCAUCAUGGGGGGCCGGCUGAUCGCCGCUCAGGCUUCGGUUCUGGAGAUCGGUGGAGAUUGGAUGGCAGUGAUCUUCCUCACCUAUGUGACGGCCGUGCCAGCGACUCUGCUGGUCGAAUAUCCACUGCAGAGGACUCUACAAGCUGUAUUCGGAUAGAUAGAGUUAUAAAUCCUUCACAAUUAACCAACCUAUUAACUAAGCCAACCUUAUAAUUAUCAAUCAUAGAAAUAAUUAUUCCAUUACAAUACAAUACAAUAAUCUUUAUUUACACCAAAACAGAACAACAUACACAAUAAAUCUUAAAAAUAAAAACAGCACAAAAAGACGGCCUUAUUGCUGCCAUUACUGUU